CCUGUUCCGAGUCGACUCGGGUAAAACCCUAGUCCCGCAGUGCUCACAUAUAAAUUCGUCGCGUGUUAGAAAUAGUAAAGCUGUUCUCCAAUUGCUAUCCACUGGAGUUUUAAUAAUCGACUCUAUCACAGUACAUUUUAAUCCCUUCACUCGCAGCUGAGCCAUGUCGAAGAAGAAGACAAGAGAGCCGAAGGAAGAAAAUGUCACUCUUGGCCCUGCUAUAAAAGAAGGAGAACACGUUUUUGGGGUGGCUCACAUCUUUGCUUCUUUUAAUGACACUUUCAUCCAUGUUACCGAUUUGUCUGGAAGAGAAACUAUGGUUCGCAUUACAGGUGGAAUGAAAGUUAAAGCUGACAGGGAUGAAUCUUCACCAUAUGCUGCCAUGCUUGCUGCACAGGAUGUUACUCAGAGAUGCAAGGAACUUGGCAUUACUGCUCUUCAUAUUAAGCUUCGUGCUACAGGAGGGAACAAAACCAAGACACCUGGUCCUGGUGCUCAAUCUGCACUAAGGGCACUUGCUCGUUCUGGAAUGAGAAUUGGUCGCAUUGAGGAUGUAACACCAAUUCCGACCGACAGCACUCGUAGAAAGGGUGGUAGAAGGGGAAGAAGACUGUAAAGUGUUUGCUCAUCAAGUUCUAUACAGUUUGUUGCUGGUGUUGCACCGAUAAGCUGGUCUUUACUACUCUUUUUAGAUAUGGCGGAACAUGGUUUUUAAAGUUUGCAAUAUUUUUGUAGUUUUGCCCUAAAUUUGUUCAACCUGGAGUUUUUGUAUAAACCUAAUGAUAUGUUAGUAUGAAUUUUGUCUGAA